UGGAAUGCUGUGGCGCUGUGGGCCUGGGACAUCGUGGUGGAUAACUGUGCUAUCUGUAGGAACCACAUCAUGGAUCUCUGUAUAGAGUGCCAGGCCAACCAAGCCUCUGCAACCUCUGAAGAGUGCACUGUAGCCUGGGGUGUCUGCAAUCAUGCUUUUCAUUUCCACUGUAUUUCCCGCUGGCUGAAAACCCGACAGGUGUGCCCUCUGGACAACAGGGAGUGGGAGUUUCAGAAAUACGGACACUAGCUGUAUUAUUGCUGACCUUUUUUCUUGGCUACUACAAGCAUCACCCUUAGCGUUUCCCCGUUCUCCCUGCUUGUAAGCAGAGUUAUUUUACGCCCGUGUCUUUGUUUUCGUAUGUUGUAAGUACACAAAUAAACAAAAAAAUGUUGUCACAAAACUAA